AUGCCAAAGCGACCUGGUGCCAAGGAGGCCUGCAAGCCAAAGGCGAAGGCUAAGACCUCUUCGUCUGGUCGAUCUACAUCAGCCAAGGCCCAGUCGAUGAGUGAGGAGGAACUGCUCGAGUAUCGCAAUUUGCAUUCGAAACUUACCUACAGAUCCAAGUGCGGAAUGGAUGGGGCCGAACAGGCCCUUCAGCAGUUGAAGUCCAAUAGGCAGAUGGUGCUGGAGAAAUUUCGCGGUGAUCGCACUAUGUCAUGGGUUCCAAGCAUGGUGCAUGCGCAAGAGUCGGCCCACGUCAAUGAGUUCAACAAGACUGCUGAGUGGCUCAACCAGUUCCAGAUCAUGACCAAGAUUGGGGUGACUCCGGAGCAGGUCAAAGUUGAUCCAGUCGCUCAAGCCCUUUUGAAAGCCACGUUGGAAAGCUUGCCUGUGAGGGAUCAUGAGAUCCAAGCCCUUGCUCAGCAGAAUAUGAAGCAGUAUGAGUGGUCACACGAGACGUCAAAGGAGUCCGUUUUGUCCAAGGAGAGCUUGGGAGUCAUAGCCACAGGUUGUGCUGCAAGUGCUCCCAAGGCAAAGGCAGUUGCAAUGACUGGUGCUCCAACUGGAACUGCACCAGUGACCAUCAACUAUGGGGUUGCUUGCAAAGGCUUCCGAACCCAGAUGACGAAGUGCAUCAAGGAGUUGGAGAAGUGGUCUUCAAAGCUGAGGAAGUUGCGCCCUCAGAUUCCCAACAAGGACGCAGAGAACCAACAGCUUGUGGAGGACUCCAAGAAGUGCGAGCACAACAUUGCCGAAAGCUUGGAUGCUUUGACCUCCGCAUUGUCAGACCAUCCUACUGGUGGAGAUGAAGAUACUUACAACACCCUCAAGCUGGUUUUGGAUGGUGGCCUUUCCAUCAAAUCCAGCGCAGAGAAGAUCGAAGCAGCAGCAACGCAUGCUGUGGACAAGCAGUUUGAUGAAGACUUGGCGGAGGCUGUUGAAAAGGCCCAGGAGAAAGAUGAAAAGGACAAGCUGAACCAAUCUGGUCCUUCGGAUGCAAACAAAGGUCCUGGUGAUGAAGGAAACAAGCCCGUUGAGAAUGGCAAAGGCACUGCUGACGCUGCUUAG